AUUAUGUACAUACGGGUAAUUAUCUUCUUGAUUGUACUUAACCUUGUUCUAAGUGUAAAUAUAACGAAAGAUGACAUCAUAAAUCUGAAUACUGUAAAAUACGUACAGGGAUUUCGUCUGCGGACUGGAGUAUUCCGUGUUUAUGAAAACACGUCCUAUACAUCAUGUGUGAGAGAAUGUCUGCGGCGUCGACAGUGCGUGGCGAUCUCGUAUCAUCUUGUCAAUUUUUACUGCCACCUCGGGAGCCAGACAUCAGACAUAGAAAAUGUCGGUGAUAAUAAAAUUAUCUCUAGUCAUCCGACAGACUGGAAUCCACCAAAGAGCAUCGUGGGAAAUUGUUCAGAAAUGCCUUGUGCUAUCGGACAGCGAUGUACUGAAUUGUCCUCUGGCAAAGUCGUAUGCGUUAAUACAGAAUGUCCAGAUCCGCCGGAAAUGACGUCAUCAACCACGUCAAGUUUAAGAACAGUCGGUAUUACAAUUAGUUACGAAUACGUUGCAGACGCAUCAAAUCCAGCCAUCGUAUCCGGAAAUCCAAAUAUCACGUGCAAGACUGAUAACACGUGGACAUAUUCGGACUACACUGUCAAACUGUGUCCGUCAGACUUCCAAGUUGUUGCCGGAACCUAUUGUGUCCUGAUUGUUACGGACCAAAGACUGGCCCCUGCCAAAGGUGAUGAGUACUGUCAGACAAAAGGAGGCCGACUCAUUUGGAUGACCAGUGUUGAUAAAUUUGACGCAGUCGUGGCCGUUAUUGACACAGGAAGAUAUUUUUUGGCGGGAUCGGACGCGGAUGUUGAAGGUACGUGGAAACUGCCAGACGGGGAGCCAAUGACGUGGGUACACAGCCGCGCAGAAACUAUCGACACCGACAAUGAAGAUUGUCUAACCUACGACCACAGCUAUAAGAAACUGAGAGAUUUUGUCUGUACCGGCGCCAAAUUAUUCAUAUGUGAAAUUGCAUAG